AGCCGUAAAGCGCUGCAAUCUUGGCAGACGCUGGCCCCGAAAAGAAGCCGUGUCUCUCUGCUUUUCAUUCAGAAGUUACACGCACCUGUCAUUUGAACUUGCGGUGUGUGUGCGAGCUUUUGCCGAUGCAACAUGUUACAGGAGACACUGCAGCUGCGCAGGGCGUGAUUUCUGUUGAGCGAUCGCAUGACAUGCACGUUGGGAGCACGUGCACGGAUCGCUUUUUUCCAAACCGCUUUGUAAUCCCUGCGAGACCGCAGUUGAGUUGAGUCACGAACAUUGUUACAAAGACCCGUCCUCAGCGCUGCGCCGUGCUGUUAGGAUCCGCGCCGUCACAUAUAGCCAGCAAUACGAGGACGAGAGCAACUAGCCACCAUGGCACCCCGCGGAGAGCAGCGCGAGAAACGGCGCUCCUUCCAGCCCUUUCGAUGGCUCAUGUCCCGGUCCAGAGAGACGGCCAAGAAGCCCCUGGCCGCACCGGUCAUGCCAUCGCUCCCGAAGUCCCACACCUACGCGGGCAUCGUGCACUGUCCAAACAGGAACCCCAGGUCCCUGAGCGUGUGCGAGGUCGCAGGGGACGGUCCGCCUUUCCUGGCAUUGUGCCGCCUCUGCCUGGCCAUUGUACCAGGAGCUGCACUGUAUCGUGUGGCACAGUGCGGUUGUUACUUCUGCCACCAGUGCAUUCAGCAGUACGUCACAAUAAGUGCCAGGGAAGGUAACGUCGUCAUUCCCUGCCCCGAUGGUACCUGCCCCGUCGGCGGCACUUUUGAGACUUCUGAGAUCGAGAAACUGGUGGAAAAGGAAGUAUUCCAACUUUACCUUCGUUGCAAGUUAAACCGGGAUGUGGAACUUGACCCUCAUCAAACAUGGUGCCCUGGUCCCGGUUGUGAAAGUGUCUGUCACAUUGUACCUGGUCUCGGAAACGGUAAUUCGUCCCCCGUACAUUGCGCAAAGUGCAAGCUCACAUUCUGUUCCGAGUGUAAAGAACGGUGGCACGCGUACCAGACGUGUGACGAGUUUCGGAAGCAACUGUCAGACGACGAGCUGCCUAGCCUUCCUGGUGAAGACCUUGGGUUGAUCAAAAGGUGUCCUCACUGCCGCGUGCCCAUCGAACGCGAUGAAGGUUGCGCCCAGAUGAUGUGCAAGCGCUGUCGCCACGUCUUCUGCUGGUAUUGCCUCGCCUCACUCGAUGACGACUUCUUGCUCCGUCACUACGACAAAGGUCCGUGCAAGAACAAGCUCGGUCACUCGAGGGCGUCGGUAGUGUGGCAUCGCACACAGGUUGUAGGAAUCUUCGCUGGCUUUGGAUUCCUCCUGCUGUUGGCCUCACCGCUUCUGCUCUUGGCAGCGCCUUGUCUCCUCUGCUGCCGCUGUAGCAGUUGCCAUCGUUGUCUCGACACAGAGCCCACAACCAUUUGAAUCUCAUCAGCACUCACUCUACGACAUCAUCAUCCGUCCACCGUAUCUGUAGACGCUGCAGAGGCAGACGCGCAGAGCUCCAUUUCAAAUCUCGCCACACACUUCAUCAUCUUCAUCGUCCAAAAUGUACGCUCGAUAUGCCGCAGAGUUUUGUUGCUGUGGCCCGAAUUGCAUCAAGGUGUAUGCAUCGAGCCUCGUUUUCCUUUUUUUUUUUUUUUUUUUUGUUACAAGCGAAAGUGCACGUUUCAUGAUUAAGUGUUUCUGUUUGCCCAUAAGCAUGGGCAAAUUUAAUUAUUCCUCGUAUGUGCACAUAGACACGUGUGAAUGUGCAGAAUGAUGCAAGUUACCACAUCCUUGGUACAUUGCAUGAAAGUUUUAAGACCUCCUUCACCUUGCCAAAUAGCUGAAUUGUUUAAAUAUGAGUCAACAAAUUUUCAGAUAGCGCUUGAUUAUCAAUAACUAUGACUGUUAUGACGAUUGACACAAAAUUUGUCAAUAGAAUUACGAGCCAUUACAUUGGUUAAUUGUCACCGCGGUUCAUUCCAGCAAACGUGCGCACAGUCGUGCCAAUUUUUACAUGCACAUUCACACUGUUAUGUUUGUAUUUGAGCAUAAUUUAGCCAAUAAUGGGUUCCUCCACUGUAAACAAAAUGUUAUCGGAGUAGCCGAAUUUGUUGCGUGAUAAAUUCAAUCGCUCCCUAUUAUUUUCGUCAACAUCAACAUCAAAAAUGUUACCUUGCACAGUUUGUACGAUUUCAACCUCGCAUCUUUCUCGACACAUUUGUAAAUAUCUUAUCGCUUGGCCUUCGAUUAACUGUGGAGGAGGCACAUUUAACGAGAGUCAAAUAUAUCUGUACGUUCUACCUACAAGCACUGGGUGUCAACUCUUCUGUACUUGCGUCCACGAGUUUAAGCAUAACGUACAGAAAGACAUUUGUACAUAAUUAUGUUUCAGGAGAACAGACACUAAGUUAUUAUAUGAUACAUGUACGCAUAAUACAAGAUCUAUAUUCAGUGUUGAAAUUCUAUAUCUAUAGUAAACACAUCUGUUAAACCAUUUUAAAUUAUCUGUGAUAUAAUUUUAAAGAUGAGCAUAGUUAUGGGAUGUCGCUAGCUGCUUUUCGAAAAAGUUCUAGUCCAGCUAGUCUCAGCUUUGUAACGGUGCUAUCAUAGUAUAUUAUGCUAUUACAGUUAUAGUAUUUUAGCUAACUGCUGUUGCAACAGCAAUCUUUGUUGUUGUUGCAGUCAUCUGCUUAGCUCAUGGUACAAGAAACGAAAGCAAGAAGUUGUAAAUAGAGUGUACUAACACCACAACCACACAAAGUGAACAAAGCUUGGAAAGUCAAACGAGCAUGUGAAUAAAGCGUGUGCUCAAUGUUUG